AUGCACAGCAGCCUAAAAAUCCUGAACGGGGGUGAAGCUUCUUCUGCUUGGCAACCUAAAAAGCUUGGAGGUAGCGCCCCCCAUAAAGGAGUUAUAACUCAGUCAGAUUUUGAAUGAGAAUCUGAAUCAGAAGCUGACUAUAAAUCAGAUUCUGACCAUGAUGAGUCAGAAGUAAGUAAAUUUAUUUACAGUCCUACGUUUAAGGAACGUGUUAAUAAAGCCACUAAGGAAGAGCUAGUUGAAGCUCUAAAUGUAAUAGAGUUUUCAAUAAAAUCUUAUGAAAAUCAUAAAGAAGUACCUGCAUAUAAAGAACAAAUUAGUAAACUGAUUGAAAAAUAA